AUGGAUGUAGGAGUGGAUAAUAUAUCCUCUUCGAAUGUCCUGGAAAGUGGUUCAGCAUCUAUGACCAUUUCUUUGCCUUCUGGUGAAGAAACUUCCAAAAGAAACUUUGAAGAAGCUGGUUCAUCUGGUAGUGACACGAGUGGGCUAACAGUUUCCACUGAUUUGGCGGAAUCAAGGCCUGAGGUUAAUGAGAAAUUGAAGCAACGGAAACUUCAGAGGAAAGACCAAAUCCCGCAAGAUAGAUUUGAUGAGUGGGAAGAAGCAUAUAGAGUCAAAGCAGAGCAGCAAAAAAUCGAUGAAAUUGGAAAGAUAAUUGCUCGUGGAUGCAACCUAGUAGAAGAAUUACGUGACUCCACUGCCCACGCGGAAAUGAUCUGCAUACGGGAGGCUUCAAACAUGCUCCAGACAUGGAGGCUUUCAAUUAUGCGAACAAUGUAG